AUGCCAGAGACUACCAAAGUCGUGCCCCUCACUUGCCAUGGACACUCCAGGCCCGUCCCGCAUAUUCACUUCUCGUCUAUCGUAAAUGAAGACCAGUACUACAUCAUCUCUGCUUGCAAGGACGGCAACCCCAUGCUCCGCGAUGGCGUCACUGGUGACUGGAUUGGUACCUUCCUCGGUCACAAAGGCGCUGUCUGGCAAGCGAGAUUAUCUUCGGAUGCCUCUCUAGCAGCUACAGCUUCAGCUGACUUUUCUGCAAAAGUAUGGGAUACACACACCGGAGAAGCCCUCCAUACCCUCUCGCACAAUCAUAUCGUUCGCGCAGUCGCAUUCCCAAAUCAACCUCACCCACAAAUCCUAGCGACGGGUGGCAUGGAGAAGAAGCUGCGCAUAUUCGAUUUGUCACGAAGUGACUCCGCGACGAGCUACGAGAUUGGCGCCGGCGUACACACUGGGACUAUCAAAUCCAUCGUCUGGACAUCAGAUCCUAAUGUGGUGAUCACGGCAGCGGAGGAUAAAAAGGUGCGAUGGUGGGACCUGCGACAGGAGUCUACCAUUGGGGAGUACGCAGUCGAGGGCGUUGUGGGCUCGUGCGAGUUGGAUAAUACUUCCUCGGACGGCAUACUGAGUGUAGCUGCUGGAAACAGCGCUUACUUCUUCAACAGCGUUUCGCCUGCGUCGCUCAUCAAGAGCAUUAAGACACCGUAUGAUAUUGCGAGUGUAGCGUUGCACAACGGACAGCGAAGGUUCGUCACCGGUGGCAGCAACCAGAACGAUACCUGGGUCAGAGUGUGGGAUUUCGACGAGGAGAAAGAGCUCGAGACGAACAAGGGUCAUCACGGUCCAAUCUGGUCAGCGAGCUUCUCGCCAGACGGAAAGCUAUAUGCAACGGGCAGUGAGGAUGGCACCGUCAAGUUGUGGAAGUUCACGACAGGCGCUUAUGGAUUAUGGAAAUAG